AUGAAAUGGUCUCUCUUUGCAUCACAGACUCCUAAUAAAAAUGUCUUUACAUUUGCCAAAUAUUAUUUCAAAACAUUUCCCUUCUCUUUUCUAUUUCUCUUCCUUUCCUUGUUUCCCCCCCCCCAUACACACUUUCUUUUCUUUACCUUUUCUCUCUUCUUUUCUCUUUUCCUCAUCGUUUCCCUUUCUUGUAUUUCUUUCUUUCCAUUUCCUUCCUUACUUUCUUUUCUUUUCUUCACUUUUCUCUUUCUUUUCAUUAUUUCCUCUCUCUUCCUUUCAAUUCCUUUUUUUCUUCAUCAUUCCUCUUCUUGUUUCUUUCUUUCCUUUUUUUCACUUCCUGUAAUGUUUGCAUUUUCUUUAUUUUCUUUGACUUUCUUUCUUUCUUUUUCUUUCUUUUCUUCUACAUCCUUUAUUUUUCUUUUCUUUCCUAAUCUUUUUUUCAUUUCUUUUCCCCGCCUUUCCUUGCUUUCCUUCUUUUUUUUUUUGUUCCUUUCUUUUGAUCCUCUUCAUUUUCCUUUUCUUUCUAGAGCCUUUUCUUUUUCUAUCUUUUUUUCUUUUCAUUGUACCACCUUUCUCCUUCUUUCAAUUCUUUUGCUGGACUUUCUUUUUUUCUUUCUUUAUUUCUUUUUCUCCUUAUCUUUCUCUUUAUAA